ACACAGGAAGUAAUAGCAAAACAGCCAAUGAAAACGCGUGUGACCGCCGUAAUCGCGGAGAACUGUUUAUCGCGAGACAGCGACCCUUCUUUUUCCCUUUCCACUCUGAGUUCAAGAUGGGAGUCGACAUCCGACACAACAAGGACCGUAAGGUGCACCGAAAGGAGCCCAAGAGUCAGGAUAUCUACCUGAGGCUCCUGGUCAAACUGUACAGAUUCCUGGCCCGUCGCUCCACUGCUCCCUUCAACAAGGUGGUCCUCAGGAGGCUCUUCAUGAGCAGGACCCACAGGCCUCCGAUGUCAGUGUCCCGCAUGAUCCGUAAGAUGAAACUGCCUGGUCGUGAGAACAGAACCGCAGUUGUCGUGGGAACCGUCACUGAUGAUGUCAGAAUUCAGGAUAUCCCCAAGCUCAAGGUGUGCGCUCUGAAGGUGACUGAUGGCGCUCGCCGCAGGAUCCUGAAGGCCGGAGGCCAGGUCAUGACCUUUGACCAGCUGGCUCUGGCUGCCCCCAAAGGACAGGGCACCGUGCUGCUGUCAGGACCCCGUAAGGGCAGAGAGGUAUACAGGCAUUUUGGAAAAGCCUGUGGAACCCCCCACAGCCACACCAAGCCCUACUUUAGAAUGAGGAUACUAGAUGUGCAUUGUGCUGAGAAGGACAAACAUGUUUCUCUUGUCAUGUAGAAACAAUUGUCAGUUUGUCUGCAGUGUUCUAAUCUAUAUGUUGCACCUCACUGAAUUAGCCCCUGAGCCCAGUGUUAAAAAACUGCAAUCGGAUUGAAUUAAUUGUUAGAAUUUAGUAUUUCAAAACUGGUAAGUGAGAUUUGGAUCCUCUGUAUAGGGAUUUGGAUUUUGUAAUCCAAUCUGACCUUUAAUUAGUUUUGGCGUUUUUCAAAAGGUAGUGAUUAGGGUUGUUAGAUGGCGAUAAUCCUGAUCCCACUGGAAGGGUGCAUUCAGGGUGGGUUUAUAAAGGUGAAAGGCACUACAUCCAAGAUAUGUCAAUAUAACUAAGGUGAGGAGGUUUAAAUACUCAUACGUCUGAAUUAAUUUGACUGCACUAUAGGUACUGAAUGUGGCAAUUUUUUUCUAUUGAGAAGUGUCAAAUACACGGAUGAUUUCAAAAUAGGUCAUCGACGUGACUCAUGUAAAUCUGAACUAAAUUGGGGGGGGGUGUACAUGUUAGCCGUGAUGGUGAAUUGCGGUGUGCAGACAGUGAUGGUCCUUCUAUUACGUUGGAUUAAUUCAUCUUUACAUUUCGCUUGUAAGAACAAGAGCACAUGCCAGUCUGACUAGGCUUUGCGGUCAUGUAGACUGAGAGACACUGCCAUAAAUGGAAAAAGCCACGCUUGCGACUUUACAUCGUUGAAAAUCGCGAGUAACAAAAAUGUUGUCACAUUUUUGGGCCCUCACCAGUUUGCAUCCCUGCAAGUAAAUGCAUGUACCUUCUUGAUUCCGUGUUUAAUCGUCACCUACAGGGGUUGCAGGUCUAAUUGCAGGAUACAGUGAAAAUCUUACGAUAUAAAUACAAAUGGCACAAAUCUUAUACAAAUGGCACUAUAUACAUUAUAUUACUCCUCUCGAGUUCCCUAUGACAGUUUAGUGGUAGUGCCAUAACCUGUCCAGUAGAUGGCGGUGCCGGUAGGCCUGUUCAAAGCACUGAACAUCUGGAUUCAGUGAUUUACAUUUAAGUCAUUUAGCAGACGCUCUUAUCCAGAGCGACUUACAAAUUGGUGCAUUCACCUUAUAAUAUCCAGUGGAACAACCACUUUACAAUAGUGCAUCUUGAUGUUGUGGCGUCUUGAUCAGAAUGAUCCAUCUGAUUUUAUUUUCUAUUUAUUUUUCAAAAAUGUCCAGAUUGAUCUUGAACUGCAAAACGGAGGAUUCCAGAAUCCGGAUCAUUCUGAUCCAAAUAAAACAUUUAUUGGUGUAGAGAAAUAUGUUGGACUAUAAAAAUGUAAAUAUAAAAAAUGUAUACGCCUGGGUUCCACUAGAUUCACUUUCUCCAACCCAGUUAUAUCAUAUCAGUGAUUACUUCAAGGAAUGGAGAAGGAAAAAUGCAUAAUUUAAAUACAUUAGGCCUAGCUGUAUUUUGCUAGUUUUGUCCCCAGACUAUUGCUUUGGUUUACAUUGAGUUGAUGGACAAUGCACAUAAUCAACAUUAAUGCAAAUCUAGCAGAUUUUCAUUAUCUGCAGAAUCUAGGAAGUUGUUUGAAACACUUAAAACACUGAAUUAAUGGGAUAUCUCUUCUCUCCCUCAGGCCCUACAUUCGCUCCAAGGGCAGGAAGUUUGAGCGUGCUCGUGGGCGCAGAUCCAGCCGUGGAUACAA